AUGGAUAUCGUAUUAGAAAUCUGUGACUACUUCAUUUUCGACAAGCUAUAUGCUGCGGCAUUGCCCAAAGGUGGGAAAGUUGACCAAUUCUUGCAGAACUCGCCUGUUGUUCAACAAGUUUCGUCAAAAGUGUCCCAAUAUCUUCCCGCAAGUGCAACUGCCAGUGGAUACGACCCACUCGACAGUGCUAUAUUUGCAAACUCCACAUCUUCACAUGCGUCCAAUGCUUUAAGUUUCCAAUUCAAUAGCACCAGUAUCAAUUUUGCCAAUAUACCUUCGUACUUGUGGGCCAAGUUUAUGAGUUUGCAAAACAAAUCAGAGAUUUAUGGAUUGAAGCCCAUCUUUUUACCGGAAGGUGACUACUUUUCCAGUUCCAUCUUAUCUAGGUCGAAUAUCUUGAGAGAGUCAUUGAGUAUUUUAGUGGUGACUACAAUCUUUGGUUGGUUAUUGUACUUGAUUGUCGCUUACUUCAGUUAUGUCUUUGUUUUUGAUAAGAAAAUAUUCAAUCAUCCAAGGUACUUGAAGAAUCAAAUGUGGUUGGAGAUUGAACGUGCAAUGACAGCAAUCCCCGUCAUGGUUGCUUUGACCAACCCAUUUUUCCUUUUGGAAUUGAAGGGAUUUUCGCGUCUUUAUUUUGAUAUUAAUGAAUCCACCGGUGGCUGGAAAUUUCUCUUGUUGCUGAUCCCCAUGUUUAUUUUGUUUACUGAUUGUUUGAUUUACUUCAUUCAUAGGUGGCUACAUUGGCCUUCAGUCUACAAGAGAUUGCAUAAACCUCAUCACAAGUGGAUCGUUUGUACCCCAUUUGCUUCGCAUGCUUUCCACCCAGUCGAUGGAUGGGCUCAAAGUUUACCAUACCAUCUUUACCCAUUGUUUUUCCCAUUGCACAAGGUCUUGUACUUGGGUUUGUUUACGUUUGUCAAUUUUUGGACAGUCAUGAUUCACGAUGGAAAUUACAUGAGUAAUGAUCCUGUAGUGAAUGGAACUGCAUGCCAUACUGUCCAUCAUUUAUACUUCAACUACAACUACGGACAAUUUACUACCUUGUGGGAUAGAAUCGGAAGGUCUUAUAGAAGACCCGAUGACUCUUUUUUCGUCAAAGACACUGAUGAUGAGAAGGAGAAACAAGAAUGGAAGAAGCAAGUUACCCAAAUGGAGGAAAUCAGAAAUGAAUUGGAGGGUAAAGUUGAUGAUAGGGAAUAUAACGAAUCGAUUUAG